AAAUAUAAAUAUUGUACAAGGGACGCUAUGCUUGCUCAUGAAGCAGUUCAGAGAAGCCGUUCGUCAAAGAGAUUGGGCAAUGCCGCAUUAUAUUGCAAGACAGGAUGUGGUUUUUUUGGUAAUCCAACCUGGGAAGGUUACUGUUCAAAGUGUUAUAAAGAAGUUUGCUUAAAAAAUCGUCACUGUGAAUCGUCAUUAAGUUCAGAUGAUUUUUUAUCUGCUCCUAUUCCUGAAUCUGAGGUUUAUUCAGUGACAGAUGGCGCUGCAGCUAAUUUAAAGUUUGAUAAAUUUGAAGAGAAAAAAAAGCAGAAACAAGAAUCUAAAAGGGAGAGCGUAAAGAAAUUUUUUAAAAAGAAUCCAAAACCAGACACGUCACCCUCCUACUCUGUACAUUCUCGAAAAGUUAAUUUUGAAGCAGCGAAAGCUGAAAUAAAAUCAACCUCGAGAGAUUUUGUUGAUUUUUUGAAAACAUUAAAACGACCGGCAUCAAAGGAUAUCAAAGAAAGAUGCAAAAGCUUCAUCAUUCGAAUUCUUCAAAAUUCAAAAUUGACAGUUGAUCAGCAAAGCGAGCUGGUUCAAGAUUUUUAUACUAAAAUAGCAACUCACAUUCAAUCUCAUCCAUCGUUUAAAGACAUGUCUGCUGAUCAAAUGGAAGCAAUGAUGGAUGGAAUCGAAAAAUAUAUUAUGACACACAUUUAUAAAGCCGUGUUUUGCCAUCCUUCUGCUGAUGAUGAGAGGAAAGAUAUCAACUUGCAAAAGAGAAUUCGAAGUUUUAAUUGGAUAACAAACGACCAAUUAGAAGUCAACAUCAACACGGAUAAUAAAGAAGUUGAAAAUCUAAUUGGUCAAGCACAACAAGAACUGGUUGAGAUAAACACGAAGAGAGCUCCUCAAGAUAAAUUGUCAUGUGUCGUCAAAUGUAGCACGUCUAUUUUUCGUAUGUUACAACUGACCAAUAAUGAACUGAUUGCAAGUGCGGAUGAUUUUCUACCUGCUCUUAUCUACAUUGUGUUACAAUCUAACCCUCCUCUCCUACACUCCAACAUACAAUAUAUCACACGGUUUUGCAAUCCAAACAAACUGAUGGCUGGUGAAGGAGGGUAUUACUUUACAAAUCUGUGUUGCGCAGUUUCGUUUAUUCGUGAAAACCUAGAUGCGCAAUCACUGAAUAUUUCUGAAGACGAAUUUAAUAGUUACAUGAAAGGUGAGAAACCAAUUCGUACACCAAAAAUUAUCCCUCGAAAAUAUACAGUCACGUGUGACGGUUUGGAGGAGAUGCAGCGUAACUUAGAGGAGAUUGCUCAACUGCGCGAAUGUCAAGCUAAAACAUUGGAAAAAUGUCGAACAAUGCGCAAAGAAAUGAAUGAAUUUCGAGAUGCAUUUAAAAAACAGAUAGGAGCUAUUCUGCUUAACGAACACCACGAGAAAGGUUUCGAACAUGUGCAAUUAUACAUUGAUCAAAUCGAAAGUGAAAGCAGGCCGAAAUUGAUUGACAUAUAAAGUUGGUGUCCAACAUGAAGGUUCAUCAGACCAAUGUGGGAUGCCAAAAAUCGUUACAUUUUUAAUGAUCAUGAGAGUAAACCAGAGCUUUGCUUUGGAACCAGUGCUUAAAACAGUUUGCUAUAAUUAGCUUGACAGUAAAUCUUCGAAACUAACGAACGCGAAAUUGUCAUGACAAAUGUCAGAUAGAUAUUUAGCUUUUGAAUGUGUUUUACAAUUACUGAUUUGAUGUAGAUAAAUGAAUUUGAUGGAUGUCCACUAUUUGUAACUUUUAUAUUGUUGAAAACUAAAUUAUUCUCGUGUUGUUGUCGAUAAAA